CGCACGAGUCAACUGCCUUCUCUCACAACCGCUUCUUGACGCCAUAGCUAGCUAGUCAAUGUUGGUGAGCGAGUUAUCCGUAGGUUGACUGCCGCGUUUUCCUGUACAUAAAGCGGUAAUUCUGAGUUCAGUAGGUCCCUUUUACUUAGCCUAGACCUUGUGUGGGACUGAACUCCUUUUUACCAGCCAAACAUCCUACAAUUUUGCCGUUGUUACUCCUGGUCGGAGUAUUCAUCGCGCGAGCCACCGCCUCGUCAAGAUUGUCGCCUUCGUUUUCCCUGACCUCACUGCGACACAUUUUUCCGCCAUAGCGCGAGUCCGCACGGAAAUACCAGCUUGAUCAUCCCAGUCACUCUUCCCCUUACACACUCAGCGAUAAUCCAUCCUCAAUUGUUGUUUUUUGGGCUUUUAACGGACGUUUUGAAAGCGACCCAGAGACGUAUUCCGCUACCUCAUCGUAUUCCGUCAACGUCCAUGUCGUCACCGUUAGUCCAAUUCCCUUCCCGGACGCCUUCUGUACCUCCGGCUUUCGCGCCGGCCUUUCCGCUGGGGUACCACCCCCGUCCCCCUCGCCCUCUUGAGCCGACCAACGACUUUCUCGCGCUUUUCCAGCAGCGCGCAAAAGCCGCUGAGAGCGCGGCGCUCCGAGAGAAAGAGCUCCUCGAGGCGGCGGGCGAGGCGGAAGACGGCUCGAGCUUCGACGACGACGACUGGCCGGAAUGGUCGCCGACGGCCGCGGACGACGGUAACGACGACGGCGCGUCGCAGGAGGACGAAGGAUCGUCGCAUAGUAGCAGCAGCAGCAGGAGCAGCGAUAGCAGCGGUAGCAGCAGGGGCAACGACAGAAGGAGCAGGAGCAGGAGCAGGAGCAGAAACAGCGGUAGUAUUUCGGACGACGAUGGCCCUCACGAGAUCCGGCAUCUCCAGAGCGAGAACUGCGGCGAGUGCAAUGUUAACGGAAACGGAAACGGUAACGGUAACGGUUACGGGGACACUUCAACCCCCGAGAAGCAGCAAGUCCUGGCGCGCCGAGCCAGCCGCGACCGGUGGAACCUGCAGCAGCUGCUGAUCGCGGAGCGGCGAGCGCUCGGGCCGCCGGUGACGGGGUCGUACUUCUACCAGCGCGAGGACGCGGAGGGCAACAAGCCGCUGUUCUCGUUCGGCGUGAUGACCGACGUGCAGUACGCCGAUAUCGAUGAUGGACACUCGUUCCUGGGGAUCCCGAGGUUUUACCGGCACAGCCUGGAAGUGGUGAAGCAGGCGGUGCGCGACUGGAACCAUGCGACGAAUCAGAUCUCCUUCGCCGUCCAUUUUGGCGACCUCGUCGACGGGCUCUGCCCUCGCGACAAGUCGCGCAACGCUUUUCAAACGGUUCUCGACGAGUUCGGCAAGCUAUCCAGCGGGCCCGUCUACCACAUGCUAGGCAACCACUGUCUCUACAACCUCCCUCGUAAGGCUCUGAACAAGCUCUUAGCCAUGCCGCCGUCCCCCGACCAUCGCUCCUACUACCAUGUCUCCCCCUUCCCGGGCUUCCGCCUCGUCACCCUCGACCCGUACGACGUCAGCAUGAUCGGCUGGCCGUCCGGCCACCCGCACGCUGAGCUGGCGGCGGAGAUUCUCGGGCGGCAGAACCCGAACGAGGAGAAGAACAGUCCGGAAGGGAUGGUGGGGCUGCAGCGGCGGUUUCUGAAGUUCAAUGGGGGAGUGAGCGAGGCACAGCUGGAGUGGCUGGAAGGGGUUCUUCAAGAGAGUGAUUCCUGUGGGGAGACAGUGAUUAUUUGCUGCCAUUUGCCUGUGGAGCCGAACGCUCUCCCCACUUCUACGUGCCUUAUCUGGAACUAUGAUAAGGUUCUGGCGACCAUUCAGCAGCACGACUGUGUGGUGGCGGUUAUCUCGGGCCACGCGCACUUUGGAGCGUAUACGUGUGAUGACAAGGGCAUUCACCACCGCAUUCUUGAGGCGGCACUUGAAUGUCCCAUGGGCACGUCGGCAUUCGGCCACAUUGACGUGUACCCGGAUCGCCUCUGCCUCAUCGGCCAUGAUCGCAUGAUGAGCACACAGAUGGUCUUCCACGACCGCCACAUCAACCGCCACAUCAGUGCUGACAGCUCACCUGCCUGCCACGUCAACAAGCCAUUACAUCAGCUGGUUAAUGGCUCGGCCCUGGCAUUGCCAGGGGUGGGAACGCCGAAGGGAACGCCGAAGGGAACGCCGAAGGGAACGCCAAAAGCGUCCCCUGUGCGUCGAGCCAACAAGGGGUGGCGCAGCGCGGUGGAUACUGAGAGACCAGCCGAAUCUCAAGUGAGAUGUCCUGGAAUCGAGGUGUAGCAGGAAGGAGUCUGCUGGACACUUAGGAGAGCCUGUUGGAAGGCUGCUGUUGGAAGGGAGCCACCAUUUUCUGGCAUGGACACUAAACACCCUAAGGCCCCAUCAAAGUGGGCUUUUUUAUGCAGGCUGCAGAGCAAGUGGGCCUAUUUUUCUAUGCCAGCGCUUUUUUAAGGGUGCUAGCUGCCCUGUGCGAUUAAAAGUUUCCAUGCUUCUAGUUUCCAUUCUUUAUAUUUACUAGUUGGAAAUGUCAAUAGUUUAUUUUGUUUUGACUUGCAUGUUUGGAUACAUGGUG